AUGCGGGUCAGAAAUUUCAGCAUAUAUCUGCGCGAUCAGGGCUUCCUGCGCCAUGGGCACCUCAACGUGCUCCGUGGAAUGCGCCUAGGGAUUGACGCGGUAUACUUCUUCCGCUCGUUGAAAGGCAUAUGCGAUCCGCUGAGUGAAGUGGGAGGUAGCCUGGCACCGACGUUCGUCGGCGUAGUAGAGGAAAAUGUGGCACAACUUGAAAGGUUCGGUAUACAGCCACUAUUCGUAUUCGAAGGAAUGCAGUCCAAGUCACAUAUCUUGCUAUCGGCACAACUUAUGACGCUCAGUGUAGCCGAAGGAUGGCUCGCCUAUGCACGAGGUGACAUGCAAAAUGCAGUUGGAAAGUUUCUGCAAACAAGCCUAAUUUUCAGCGAAGAUCUUAUACAACUACUGAUACGCCUACUACGCGAUAUGGGAAAAGAUGCCGUACGCUGCCCAUAUUUCGCAGCAGCACAACUCAGCUAUUUCUGCGCUGAGGGAACGGUUGAUGCUAUUCUGGGACCGCCAUCACUCAUGUUAUUCGGUGUACCCCGGUGUGUCGUAUCUGUAGAAUUCCCAAGAAACGCCUUUGAAUGGAUAGAGCUAAAGGAGGUACUCACAAGACUGGAAAUCACUCACCCACAGCUAGUUGAUAUAUGUAUACUUGCAGGAACCGAACAUUGUCUGAGCUUCCCUUCGCAAAAUGCAUUCUCAUUCGCGCACUGUGUAGACAUGAUCAAACAGGCACCUAUUACAAAACACCUAUGCCAACUACCACAACGUGACUCACUCAACGACUAUAUAGAUGGCUACUGUGUUACAAAGGCACUAAUAACGUACCCUCUGAUACUAGACAAGAAGGGGGUGGUGCGCCCACUACAAAAGGGUGCAAAGAUACCCAUCGACUACCACAAAAUAGUCGGCUCCAAAAUACCCCAUGGAAUAUACCAUCUACUAGGACAAGGUGUAAUCAGCCCAAAAAUACCGGUUGCCUUGUCCACAGGAGAAUGGGUUGACGACUUCAGCCUUGCCGAUACUAUCGAACUACGUGAACUGCUACAAGACAGCCGUGAAUACAAGUGCAGGGCACUAGGACUCGCUGUAUUCAGACUUGACCAUACAUACCAGUCUCGUCAAAUCAGGUUCCAGGGACAUAUCUCCUUCAUCAAGGGUCAUCCGCCAAUUAAACAGAACUCAGUAGCCGUUAUUCCAAACACUUGUAGCACGCGCAUGCUCUCGCAACAAGGAAUGGCGGAACUGGCUGCAGAAUUGUCAAGGCAAAAGAAAGGAAAGGUAGAUGUUGAGUUCAUACUAACGUGGCACUUGAAACUCUCUGCGAAAAUGCUAAAGGAAGUUACACCCCUCAUGGCUUCUGAAGCCAUGGUCAACAUGCUCGUCGUCCCAAACGGGGUAAGGAAACCAUCACAACAAGAUAUAUACAGAGCAAACAUGUGGUGCGUUUUACUAGACAACUUGGGAUACUUCGCACGCAUGGGUGGUGCCACGGCUUUUGGCAAGGUGCUAGCAAACUCGGGACUGGGGAUCAGCGGACUAUUUUUCAUGGAAAUAUUGAAAUUCGGAUUGUUCACUGGAGAAGAAUUCGAACUACCGGCAGACUCACACAUCUCACAUGAAGUAAUGAACAGGUACAGAGGAACACUGCCUCAAGAUGUAUAUGAGGUGAUCAACCUAGUGUCGCGUAUUGCGUGCCUUCACCCCGCUACCCUAGAUGGCUCACACUGGCGGGGAGACAUUGACUACUCCAUUUCAAACUACAUGGCCCACGUCAAAGUACUGCGAAGGAGCGUAAACUACCUCAUAGAAGGAACUCUAAUACUUAUGGGUGGGUUAGUCGAUGGAGUCGACCCGCCCUAUCUAUACGAAACUAAUUGCUUCAUGGGCAUCGUCAUUAAGUGGCUGUUAACACAAGAAAACGAAAGGCGGGACGGACCUGGUCACACCAACCUCCUAGAGGCUACGCAACAAAGGUUCCCGAACAUAACUGAGAUGAAGCAAAAUCUACGGUCGUUCGCCAACUUCUGGGCCAAAAUAUCUGCGCUGCUGCAUUCACUUAAAAUGUAUGUGCACAUAGAAUCUCUGGCGACCUUUGACCGUGGAACCAAACUGCUCCAGGCGUCACUUGGGAAGUUAGGCAUCAACAUGCAUAACGUACACCAGUGA